UAUAAAAUGAGAACAGGGACAUACCUUGUCAGCACCCUUGGUGUCCUAUUUUGAUGCUUAAUCCAGACAGCCAGGGCUCAGACUUAUGACACACCCUGUGUUUAUGAGUGGGAGUGAUCCUCCAAAUGCUGUGCCAUGUCUUACAACAGCAAGAAUGUCCUUGGCUAUUACUGCUUAGGCGAGAAUGACUGUAAUGGGUCAGGGCUCGGAGUGGGUCAAUCAUGUAACGGCCCUGACAACUGAUCAACAAAAUGUUGUGAGGACACUAUCUGCCAAAGCAAGCAGUAUUGCUUUGAGAAGUACAUCUUGCCCUUCGUAGUGAUCUUCUCUAUAGUGGCUGCCUUCAUAAUCUGUGCCUUAAUCGUCUUCUUAAUCUUCUGGUACAAGCGAAGAAAGGCAGAGAAGAAGCGAGAGAAAGAAAUUGAAAUGCAAAACGAGACUGACAAAGAAGAAGACGCCAAACUUUCAAAUAAAAGUGAUAUGGCAAAGGGCCCAAAUGAGACAACAGCAAUGGGUCUUAAGGGAGAAAAGGAAAAUCCCAUGAAUGGACCUCUACGAAAAGACUCAGAAGAGAUCAUGGAUGAUGACAAAGAAGAUCUAAAGGAAGAAUGCAAAGAGACUGAGCAACAUUUCAGUAAGAAUGUUGGAAGUAUUGAAGAGGAUAGUGACGAAGAGGAGAAAGUUGAACUCCCCUAGGCGAGAUCGAAGUUUUGUAAGAAUAAUUUCAAUUUUAAAAAUCG